GGUUCCGGGUGCAGCGUUCCUAUAGGGCUCACUGCCAAAGGGAGAAGGGGAAUAGAGAUGCCAGAAACUGGGAGCCAGGGCAGCACGAGGGAGCGGAAUCUGUAAACAAUCAGGUAAAGAACCUUGCCCAGGAAUGGAACGCAGCCCGGUCCGGGGAAGGUUCCAAUCGUUUGUUGCAAAUGGGUAUCGCCCAGUCCUAAACAGCGGAGGAGGAUGGCUCCUUUUAACUGUGACCUAAACGACUGGGAAAGGGGUUCAGAGGAGCCACAGCAUCAACUGGUUCGGUUGCCGUUCUCCUCUAACAGCCUCCCCUCUUCCUCCUGUUUGCACGUUCCGCCAUCUGGUUGCUUUGUGCCUCUCCCAUGCUCGUACAUUCUAGGCCCCGGGGCCCUUUUACUAAUUGUUGUCCUGGAAACCCCUCUCCUUGGGCUUGACAGUGCUUAUAGCGAGAAAGGAUGGACUGUGAUUGAGGAUCAUAAUCUGUACUGCAGGAUGAAAAUCUAUUCAGGAGGAAAGCAGGAUGGAAAACCCUUAACUUUUCAUUUUAAUUUUGAAGGUCAGCUAAAGUAUGGCAGCUGAAGUACUGGGAAACCACAGCUGCCAUCUCUUACAGCAGCUUCAUGAGCAGCGUAUCCAAGGCUUCCUGUGUGACUGCAUGUUAGUGGUGAAGGGUGUCUGCUUUAAGGCUCAUAAGAACGUGCUGGCUGCAUUCAGCCAGUACUUUAGGACCUUAUUUCAAAAUUCUUCAGGCCAGAGUCGUGACGUCUUCCAUUUGGAUAUUAAAAAUAUUGGUGGUAUUGGCCAGAUUCUGGAUUUUAUGUAUACUUCGCACCUUGAUCUAAGCCAUGAAAAUGUCCAGGCAGUAUUGGACAUUGCUCAGUGUUUGCAAGUACCGAAUGUACUCAGUCUAUGCUAUACUUUCCUAAAGGCUUCAGCAAAUCUCAUUGGUGAUAGCAGCAACUUGUCAACUGUUGGCAGUAUUUCGCUGCAUGGAGCCCUGACAACUAACGCAGAGGAUAUGCUGGAGAAUACGGAUGGUACUGAGAUAAACCAUGACUGCUCAUUUGGGAUGCAGACUCAUAUCCAUAAACCUCAGGAGCUGGGGCUUUUAUUUAGACCACUGCCAGAGAUUUCUCAAGCUGAAAUAUCAGCAACUUUGCAGAAUCAAAAUCCUGGACUCCCAGACAGGACUUCCUCAGAUUAUCCAAUGAGGCAAAAUGCUCAACAGCCUUCUAAAUUGUACAACUGUUACGGUAAAGAAAUGUUCAAACAAAAUCUGUCACCUUUUUUCGAUAGUAAUCAAGGGGAGCAAAGAAGAAUGGAUCUCGACAAUGGUAUAAGUACAGCAGUAACCACGAAGGAUGUAUCUUCCCUUGAGCCGACUGAAUGCAACAGUGCUCCUCAGGAGCAGUCCUCAUCAGGCAUGACAAUGCACACAGAAGAAAGAUGGUCCUUUAGUCAGAGUGUGGGGGACAUUGAACCUCAACCAAUGAGACAAUUGCCUCACGUGAAAAAGAAAGUCCCACUGAAGAAGUAUGAUUAUUUGUGGCCCAAGAAACUGCUCGAGGCACCUUCUGUGCUCCCUAAAGUGAAUGAAAUAUCCGAAGCUGAGAAAGUAAAUGGACACAGUUCAAGGGAGCUCCCCAAAGAGAAUUUAGGACAAGGCAGUUGUGCUGGGGAGAAGGAUCAGGAACAAGUAAAACUGACUGACUCACCUUUGAGAGAAAGUGAUCUAGGACCGGUUGACCAUGGAGCUACUGGAGAUUCUGAGGAAGUUCUUGAUCAGUCUUUAAAUAACUCAAAUGUUCAGCCCCAGGUUUGUCAGUCACAGAAGCAAUAUUGUUGUGAACUAUGUGGGAAAACUUUUAAACACCCAAGCAAUCUGGAACUACACAGACGUUCCCAUACAGGAGAAAAACCAUUUGAAUGCAACAUCUGUGGGAAACACUUUUCACAGGCAGGAAAUCUGCAAACUCAUUUACGACGACACUCUGGUGAAAAGCCAUACAUUUGUGAGAUCUGUGGCAAAAGGUUUGCUGCAUCUGGUGAUGUGCAACGCCAUAUUGUUAUUCACACAGGUCAAAAACCUCAUCUCUGUGACAUUUGUGGUCGAGGUUUCAGUAACUUCAGUAAUUUAAAGGAACACAAAAAGACACACAGUGCAGAUAAACUGUUUACUUGUGACCAGUGCGGAAAGUCUUUUAACAUGCAGAGGAAACUUGUUAAACACCGAAUCCGUCAUACAGGAGAGCGGCCAUAUAAUUGUUUAACAUGCGGAAAACGGUUUGCAGGUUCUGGUGACUUGCGUCGCCAUGUCCGAACACACACUGGUGAACGGCCGUAUAAUUGUGAGACAUGUGGCAAGUGCUUCACCCGUUCUGCUGUGCUGCACAGACACAAGCGAAUGCACUGCAAGUACAAUGGAGACCAUGACAUAAGAAAUGAAGAGAUUGACAGCUCUGAGGAAAAUUAUCGACAGCCUGCAGAGCAAAGGUCACCAGACUCUGAGCCGCUCAGCCAGGCUAUGCAAGUUGCACUGUUGCCAGUCUCUCCAUUAGACAAGCUCCGUGGUGACCCAGAACAACCUUCAGUUGGGGUGACUGAGGCAUCAGCAACCAUGCAUGAAGAUUCUCAUUCUGAAUAUAAUUCUUUGGUUCAACAACAAGUGGAUGAUCAUCAAAACAAAAUGGUAUUGAGUCCUGCUAAAACUCACAAGCCUCAAGCUUCCCAUCAUCCUCACAGUCACGUGGUUGACAGCAGCCCAAGGUCUGAAGAGUCCCUGCCAUCUCAGAACCCCUCAACUGUGCGAUCAUCAGUGACAAGUCUGGACAUUCAUAUUAAUGUUCCCUUUGGAAACCACACACCUAGUGUUUCAUAUCGAACAAAUGAAGGACCAUUCCUCUCCAGCCUAACACUGUGGGGUCUGGCAAUGAAAACCUUACAAAAUGAUAAUGAAUUAGAUCAAUGACAGACUUAUUACCUUAAUUCAGCUAAUAUAAGCAACCGAUAGAUUGCACUUGAAUUUUAUUUUUGGCAUAAUUGCUGAGAGGGAGAAAGAAGUC